UCGAGGAAAUUGAGGCCCGAGACGAAGUUGUUCCAGGAUACCAUGAUAACGUUGUCAAUUCCACUUUAAUUGAUUCCGAGAAAGCGAAAUUGCGGUAAUUAGUGAUGGGCAAUCGUUUAACUUCACCAAAGGGCUCCUGUGCUCCGAUCGAUGAGAAUCCUUUGAGGAACUCGAGACUUCCCAUCAUCUUCAUCCUUGGAGGACCAGGAGCUGGUAAAGGUGAGCUCCAUCCUGUCGGCGAGAAUAGCAAGGGUGAAACGAUUUAUUCCACAUAUUGGCUGCCCCAUGGGACACAAUGCGAACGACUAGCGCGAAAAUAUGGCUAUCUCCAUAUAUCGAGUGGUGAACUUUUGCGAGAGGAAGCUUCAAAAUCCACCGAGCGUGGCCUAAUGAUUGACAAAAUGAUGGGACGUGGUGAGCCGAUACCAGUGGAGCUACUCCUGGAGUUGAUAAAGGAAAAAAUGAUGUUCUCCCUGAAUUACACGAGCGGCUUCAUUCUGGACGGCUAUCCCCGUGAAAAAUCCCAAGCGAAGCUCUUUGAAAAGGCUAUUCGUACCCCAGACGUAGUAAUCUACUUAAAGGCUGAUGAACGUCUUCUAAGGGAACGACUUUUAGGUCGGGCGAUUACGUCAGGACGGAAGGACGACAACGAAGAGACAAUUGGGAAUCGAAUAAAAUUAUUUGCCCGGAAGAAUCGAGGGAUUCUUAAAUAUUACCGAAAGGCUUUUGUCACUAUUAAUGCUGAACAAGACAUGGAAACCGUUUUCAAUGAACUCUCAGCAGUCGUUGAUAAUAAUGCAGGUACAUCUCAAUUCAAUCGGAUCGAAUAAUUGUUCUCUUUCAAUCGCUCCUCUCCAGAAAUUUAUGCCGAUUGCCUUAUGUAACUUAAAUCGCAUAUAGAAUAUUUUUCAAUUAACAUUCUGCACUGCUCUUCACGAGAACGCAACGGCACAACGAUAUCUCAAUUUCUACGAUCUCCAAGAGUUUUCUGAGUUGAUAAUAAAAUUGUCAAUAAAAAUU